AUGACCCAUGACCUUCACGCCGCGUGUGAACAAUAUGAUAUUGAUCUAGCGAUCGAAAUUUCAAAAGGACUUCGAGAAGAGGCCGUUCCUGGUACACCUGAAAAUUAUGUAGAAAUUUAUACCGAAUGCUGGGAUAAUGAGCCAGAUAAUCGUCCAUCAAUGAAUCAAGUAGUUGACAAAUUAAAUUCAAUUAUCGCAAAUUUGAACAAGACAAAAGAUGAAAAGAUGAAUAUUGAUAAUGAAGCAAGCCUUCAAUCAUCACAAUCAUCAGCACAACAUCGUUAUACGAGUAGUGUUAUUGCAUCUUCUAGUAUUAAUAAUUCAUUGCACAGAGAAUUCUCUAGACUUUCGAGUAGUGUUAAU